AUGGCUUCAGGUCGCAAAUUCCACCUCAACAACGGCCUCGCCAUCCCCGCACUAGGCUUUGGCACCUGGAAAUCAGCCCCGAAUGAUGCCUACUCCUCGGUUCUGGAAGCCUUCAAGACUGGGUAUAGACACAUAGACUGCGCGUGGAUAUACGGAAACGAGUCUGAGGUCGGUAGAGCCUUGAAGGAUAGCGGGUUGAAGAGAGAAGAAUAUUUUCUAACGACGAAACUGUGGAGCACAUACCACGAGCGCGUCGAGGAAAAUCUGGACCUAUCUUUGAAGCAGCUGGGUGUGGAAUAUUUAGACCUGUAUCUUCUCCACUGGCCGGUCACAUUAAACCCCAAUGGCAAUCCCCCAACCUUCCCUCUUCUCCCGGAUGGCACACGAGAUGUGAUUCUCGAUCAUCCCUUUACCAAAACAUGGGAAAGUAUGGAGAGACUCCUAGCAACAGGGAAAGUGAAAGCUAUUGGAGUUUCCAACUUUGAUAUUCAUAACCUGGAAGUCUUGCGCCGGUCCAGCAAGGUUGUUCCGGCUGUGAAUCAAGUCGAGUUGCACCCAUAUUUGCAACAGGAUCGCCUUUUGGAGUAUUGCAAGCAGAGGGGCAUUGUUUUGACAGCUUAUACACCACUAGGAUCAAACGAUACUCCACUCAAGGAAGAAAAAAUAAUUACUGAAAUUGCCGAAAAGCAUAACUGUCAGGCUGCUCAAGUUUUGCUUAAUUGGGGCAUUCAGAGGGGGUAUGCGGUCCUCACGAAAUCGGUGACGCCUUCUAGAAUAUCCGCCAAUUUCCAGGAUGUCAGCCUUGAUGCAGAAGAUAUGAGUCGUAUCAAGACCCUAGAGAAAGGCUUGAGGACCUGUAAUCCGCCUUGGAAAACAACAGUGUUUCAUGAUGAGUAA